UCUCACACUUCGUCUACCAACAAGCAACCAUGAUCGCAAUUCAGGCUUCCCUGCUUCUGGCUCUGGCCACCAGCACUUUUGCUGCCGGACUCUCCGGGUACCACGUGGGAUACGGCUUGCCGUACGGCUCGUCGUACGCUGUACCAGCCACUUCGGCCGUGGUCUCCUCGCCCUUGGCCUACCACGCCGGUUCAGCCGUCGCAGCAUACCAUGCCGGCCCAGCCAUCGCGGCGUACCACGCCGGCCCUGCCGUCGCGACGUACCACGCUGCUCCAGCCCUGGCAACGGCGGCCUACAAGACCGCUGCAGUUGUCGGUUCGGGUCACUCGACUGUCACGACGUACCACGGUGCUCCCGCUGUGACGGCCGCCGUCGCGGCUGUGCCUUCUUACGCCACGUACAAGACUGCUCCGGCUGUCACCCGCUACUUCCAGUCCGCUCCCGUGGUCGCCGCUCCCGCCUACACCACUGUCUCUAAGGUGACCAAGCUGGCAGCACCAGCCUUGGCUACCGUCGCGGCUAGCCCAGCGUACGCCACCUAUCAGACCGCCCCUGUCAUCACCCGCCAGUACCACACCUCUCCCUUCGUCUCGUCCGCGGUCCACGCCGUUCCAGCCGUGACCUCCGGAUUCACUAAAGUGUACCAGUCCGCUCCAGCCGUCGCCACCUAUCGCACCGCUCCAGCUGUGACCCGCGUGUACCAGAGUGCUCCGGUCGUCGCUGCUGCUCCAGCCGUCACCACCGCUGUCCACGCCGUCCCAGCUGUGACCUCCGGAUUCACUAAGGUGUACCAGUCCGCUCCAGCCGUUGCCACCUACCGCACCGCUCCAGCUGUGACCCGCGUGUACCAGAGUGCUCCGGUCGUCGCUGCUGCUCCAGCCGUCACCACCGCUGUCCACGCCGUCCCAGCUGUGACCUCCGGAUUCACUAAGGUGUACCAGUCCGCUCCAGCCGUUGCCACCUACCGCACCGCUCCAGCUGUGACCCGCGUGUACCAGAGUGCUCCGGUCGUCGCUGCUGCUCCAGCCGUCACCACCGCUGUCCACGCCGUCCCAGCUGUGACCUCCGGAUUCACUAAGGUGUACCAGUCCGCUCCAGCCGUUGCCACCUACCGCACCGCUCCAGCUGUGACCCGUGUGUACCAGAGUGCUCCGGUCGUCGCUGCUGCUCCAGCCGUCACUACCGCUGUCCACGCCGUUCCAGCCGUGACCUCCGGAUUCACUAAGGUGUACCAGUCCGCUCCAGCCGUCGCCACCUAUCACACCGCCCCGGCCGUGACCCGCGUCUACCAGAGUGCUCCAGCAGUUGCCACCGCUGUCCACGCCGCCCCAGCGACCGUGGCCACUAAGUUCGCCACCUACCAGACCGCUCCCGCCAUCGCGCGUUAUUACCAGAGCAGCCCUGUCCUGGCCGCCACCCCAGCCGUCGCCACCACCAUCCACGGCGUGCCAGCCCUCACCAAUUAUGCCUCCUACCGCACCGCACCUGCCGUCACUCGCGUGUAUCAGGCUGCCCCAACUCUUGUGGCCGCCGCUCCAGCCGCCACUGUGACCGCUGUCCACGCUGCCCCCACCGUGACCGCCGUCCACGCCGCCCCUGCCGUGACCACGGCUCACGUUGCCACCGCUGUCUCCCGAGUGACCAAGGUUGACCCCUUCCACGUCAGCGAGCAGCACACCGUCCACACCAGCCCCGUGGCUACCGCUGUAGGCCCACGCUCCAUUGGCGACCAUUUCUCAUGCCCCGACCUUCGGCUACGGAGUCGGAGCUCUCGGAUACUCCCACGGCCUGCCGGUCUACGGCCACAACUACGGAUACGGGCUCGACGCUUUCAACUACGUCGCCAAGCUGCACAAGAAGAAGUAGAGGACCUGAAAAGAAAACGGAAGAACACUGAGUCAUCGUUGUUAUCUUCGUUGUUGGAAGACUGUAAUAAGCAAUAUGAAACCUAGAGCUACAAUAUUCAAAUUUUAUGGACAAUAAAAUGCUUUAUGU